GAAUCUUGCUUUACCACGGAACAAUUAUAAUUCGAAUAAUAAAAAAUGGCGGUCCCCUCGGCUUCGCUGUCAACAAGGAACAAAAAACAUUUUUUGGGAGUACCGGCUCCUUUAGGUUACGUGGCUGGUGUUGGAAGAGGUGCAACAGGAUUCACAACACGUUCUGACAUCGGUCCGGCCCGUGACGCCAACGACGUAUCCGAUGACAGACACGCUCCACCGACAAAACGAGCAAAGAAAAAAGAGGAGGAAGAAGAAGAUGAGGAAGAUCUCAACGACUCGAAUUAUGACGAGUUCUCUGGAUACGGCGGUUCUCUGUUCAGCAAGGAUCCAUACGACAAAGACGACGAAGAGGCAGAUGCAAUUUACGAGGCGAUAGAUAAACGAAUGGACGAAAAACGAAAAGAAUACAGAGAGAAACGUUUGCGAGAAGAAUUGGAACGCUAUCGUCAAGAGCGGCCAAAAAUACAACAGCAAUUCUCGGAUUUGAAGAGAGAAUUGGUAAACGUAAGUGAGGACGAUUGGAAGAAUGUGCCGGAAGUGGGUGACGCGAGAAAUCGAAAGCAGAGAAAUCCACGAGCUGAAAAGUUCACUCCCUUGCCCGAUUCUGUUCUCGCGAGAAAUUUGGGUGGCGAAACCGCGACGAGUCUCGAUCCGUCGAGUGGUUUGGCUUCCAUGAUGCCCGGAUCUUCCACACCCGGUGGCAUGCUUACACCCACCGGUGAUCUCGAUUUACGAAAAAUCGGACAAGCCAGAAACACUCUGAUGAACGUUAAGUUGAAUCAAGUCUCGGAUUCGGUCGAAGGCCAAACCGUCGUCGAUCCUAAGGGUUACCUUACCGAUCUUCAGAGUAUGAUCCCAACUUACGGGGGUGAUAUCAACGACAUAAAAAAGGCUCGACUGCUACUGAAAUCGGUUCGAGAAACGAACCCGAAUCAUCCUCCAGCUUGGAUAGCUUCUGCUCGACUCGAGGAAGUAACCGGCAAGGUCCAGGCUGCAAGGAAUUUGAUAAUGAAAGGUUGCGAAGUAAAUCCGACUUCAGAGGAUCUUUGGCUCGAAGCAGCAAGACUCCAGCCUCCGGACACAGCAAAAGCAGUGAUCGCCCAAUCAGUUAGACACAUACCGACCUCUGUCAGAAUUUGGAUCAAGGCGGCGGAUCUCGAGAGUGAAAUUAAGGCGAAAAGACGAGUUUACAGAAAAGCUUUGGAGCACAUACCGAAUUCGGUGAGACUUUGGAAAGCAGCGGUCGAAUUGGAGGAGCCCGAGGAUGCUCGGAUUUUAUUGAGUCGAGCCGUCGAAUGUUGCCCGACGAGCGUCGAUCUGUGGCUCGCCCUCGCCCGUCUCGAGACUUACGACAACGCUCGUAAAGUCCUCAACAAAGCAAGAGAAAAUAUUCCCACCGACCGGCAAAUUUGGACAACAGCCGCAAAGCUCGAAGAGGCCAAUGGCAACAAACACAUGGUCGAAAAAAUAAUCGAUCGUGCUAUUUCUUCAUUGAGCGCAAACGGCGUUGAAAUUAAUCGCGAGCACUGGUUCAAGGAAGCGAUGGAAGCUGAAAAAGCUGGCGCCGUUCACUGCUGUCAAGUUAUCGUGAAAUCCAUCAUUGGGUUCGGCGUCGAAGAAGAAGACCGGAAACACACGUGGAUGGAAGACGCAGAAACAUGCGCCCAACAAGGAGCUUUGGAAUGCGCCAGAGCGGUUUACGCCUACGCUCAAACAGCGUUCCCAAGCAAAAAAUCUAUUUGGUUACGAGCUGCCUAUUUCGAAAAAACUUACGGCACCCGAGAGUCUCUCGAAACGCUUCUUCAAAGGGCCGUUGCUCAUUGUCCCAAGAGCGAGGUCCUUUGGCUUAUGGGAGCCAAAUCCAAGUGGUUGGCGGGCGACGUCCCAGCCGCGCGAGGCAUCCUUUCGCUAGCUUUCGAGGCAAAUCCAAACUCCGAAGAGAUUUGGCUCGCCGCAGUGAAACUCGAGUCGGAAAAUUCGGAAUACGAGCGAGCUCGACGCUUGUUGGCGAAAGCACGAGCCUCUGCUCCGACCCCCAGGGUCAUGAUGAAGAGCGCUAAACUCGAGUGGGCUCUGAACAACCUCGAAGCGGCGCUUCGACUAUUGAAAGAGGCGAUCGAAGCGUUUGACGAUUUUCCAAAAUUGUGGCUCAUGAAGGGCCAGAUUGAGGAACAGCAGGGCAAUCUUGACGCUGCUCUCGAUACGUAUAAUCAAGCGAUCAAAAAGUGUCCGACUUCCGUGCCAUUGUGGAGGUUGUUGGCGAGUCUGGAGCACAGAAAAAAUCAAGUGACAAAGGCCCGUUCAGUUCUGGAGAAGGCCCGUCUACGAAAUCCAAAGAAUCCUCAACUUUGGUUGGAGGCGAUACGAAACGAGUUGAAAAUCGGUGGUGUCCGAGACAUGGCGAACACGCUCAUGGCGAAAGCUCUUCAAGAGUGUCCGACCUCGGGUUUGCUGUGGGCUGAGGCAAUCUUCAUGGAGCCUCGGCCACAACGAAAAACGAAGAGCGUCGACGCUCUGAAAAAAUGUGAACACGAUCCUCACGUUCUUCUCGCAGUAUCAAAACUUUUCUGGUGUGAGCAUAAAAUCUCGAAGUGCCGAGAUUGGUUCAACAGAACAGUGAAAAUCGAUCCGGAUUUAGGAGACGCUUGGGCAUAUUUUUACAAAUUUGAACUCCUCAAUGGUACCGAGGAACAACAGGAAGACGUCAAAAAGAGGUGCGUCGCUGCUGAGCCCCAUCAUGGCGAACACUGGUGCAAAAUCUCCAAGAACAUAGUCAAUUGGUGUCUUAGCAUCGAUCAGAUAUUGAUCAUGGUCGCCAAAGAUUUGCCCAUUCCUAUAUAAACGAAUUCAAUCGAAAUACAUUGUACAUACUUUUUUUUCUUUCCACUAUUUUGCUUCUUCCAUAGUAAUAAAUAAGAUUUUUAAACUU